GCGGGCUAUGCUUUAGUACGUAGCGAUCAUUCUCCGUUUCUCUAUGCUCCAUGUUUAAAAGUUUAUCGCUGUCUGUGUCAACUUGUCAAGACUGUGUAAACUUCUGAAAACUGAAGUAAACUUCAAUAAUAUUAUGCCAUACAAGCGCAAAAAGUAUCAUGUAGGUGAUACUCAUCUAAAAAAACGUUGGAGAGUAAGAAAUAGGAAGAAGGAUCUUGACCAAAUUGAUGAAGAUCUAAAAGAAGAAAAUGCUGAGAAGUUACUUCAUCAAGAAGUAGAUCUUGAUUUCCCUGGUGCUGCACAACAUUAUUGUCUUCAUUGCGCGCGUCAUUUCAUAGACAAUCAUGCUCUGUUGGAUCAUUUUAAAACGAAAGUUCAUAAGAGAAGGUUAAAAGCAUUAGAACUAGAACCAUACAGUGUAGAAGAGUCGGAGCGUGCCGCUGGUUUCGGUAAUUUUAAACUUCCUAGUAAAAGAAAGAUUGUUACGCAAAAUUCAGAAAACACAGAUAUUACUGAGCAAGACAGUGAAAAGCUAGAAGUAACUCCGAACAAGAAGAAAAAAGUUAACAAAAAUGCUACAUAA